AAUACAUACAACUUGUUAAACUAAACAUUAAUCUGAACCAAGAAAACACUGCACAGACUAAGUGUUGACUGAAUUGAAUUUGAUAUCAUUAAAAUAUAUUCCUUUGCAUUAUCUAUUCUUGUUGGCUUAAUUAUGGAUAGAAGUUUCAUUCUUCUCUUUUUCAUUCUACUACAUAACAAUAUUUUACAUGCUACUGUUCCUAAUAUUAGCAGUGAUGAAGCUGCUCUUCUUGCACUUAAAUCACACAUUUCUAACAAUAUCAUAGCAACAAACUGGUCUUCUUCCGUCUCCGUUUGCAGCUGGAUUGGAAUCACUUGCAGCUCCCGUCACCAUCGAGUCACUGCUUUAGACAUUUCAAGCAUGCAACUUUAUGGUACCAUUCCUCCACACCUUGGAAACCUCUCAUUUAUUUCAUCGCUUGACAUCAGUAACAACACUUUCCAUGGAGAGUUGCCACUAGAGUUGGUUCGUUUGCAGAGGUUGAAAUUCUUUAAUACUAAAAACAAUAACUUCACCGGAGCCAUUCCAUCAUUUUUAAGUUUGUUACCAAACCUACGCUUUCUGUACCUAUCGAAUAACCAAUUUUCGGGUAAAAUUCCAUCCUCCCUUUCCAAUCUGACAAAACUGCAAGUGUUGUCAAUACAGAGUAAUUAUAUUGAAGGAGAGAUCCCUCAAGAACUCGGUGAUCUUCGUUCCUUGAUUAUCCUAAACCUGCAAUAUAAUCAGCUUAGUGGCUCUAUACCAUCUUCAAUCUUUGACAUCACUACAAUGCAAGUAAUUGCUCUUAGUGGCAACAAUCUUACUGGAAAGAUUCCAAUCACGAUAUGUGAUCAUCUUCCAGACUUGGAAGGACUUUACCUCGGCAGAAACUCCCUUGAUGGAGUUAUUCCACCAAACCUGGAGAAAUGCAGAAAGCUUCAAAUAUUGGAAUUGACUGAAAAUGAGAUUGCUGGAACUGUACCAAGAGAGUUAGCCAACUUAACAACUCUUACAGGACUAUAUCUUAUGGAUCUGCAUUUGGAAGGAGAGAUACCAAUGGCGCUCGCUAAUCUUAAGAAACUUCAAACAUUAGUAUUAUCACUGAAUGAGCUAACUGGCUCUAUCCCUGACAGCAUUUUCAACAUGUCAACACUGCAGAAAAUAGAUUUUGGACAAAACAAGCUUACAGGUACUCUGCCUUCAGAUUUAGGUCGUGGAAUGCCCGACCUACAAGUAUUUUAUUGUGGAGGAAAUAAUCUGAGUGGUUUUAUCUCUGAUUCAAUCUCUAAUUCUUCAAGACUCACAAUGUUAGACCUCUCCAGCAACAGUUUCACAGGUCUAAUUUCAAAAUCACUUGGUAACUUAGAAUACCUUGAGGUUCUCAACUUGUGGGGGAAUAAUUUUGUCAGCGAUUCAACAUUGAGCUUCCUUGAAUCAUUGACAAACUGUAGGAAUCUAAGAGUACUCACGCUUGGUGGUAAUCCGUUGGAUGGUGUUUUGCCUGCAUCUGUUGGUAAUUUCUCAAACUCCUUGCAAAUUUUUGAAGCAUCUAAAUGUAAACUGAAGGGUGUCAUUUCAAAACAAAUUACUAAUCUUACUGGAUUGACAAGGAUGAGUCUGUCGAACAAUCAGUUGAUAGGUCAUAUUCCAAAAACAGUGCAAGGAAUGCUGAACCUUCAAGAACUUUACCUAGGAAGCAACAAGUUAGAAGGAGCCAUACCAGAUGUUAUCUGCAGUUUACAGUAUCUUGGUGCAUUAGAAUUGUCAGAAAAUCAAUUUUCUAGUUCCGUUCCACCAUGCUUAGGGAAUGUUACUAGUUUGAGGACACUCUAUCUAGAUAACAACAAGCUGGAUUCUAGAUUACCUGCAAGAUUGGGGGGACUUCAAAACAUCAUAGAGUUCAAUAUUUCAUCCAAUUAUUUGAGUGGAGAAAUUCCGCUAGAGAGCGGAAACUUGAAGGGUGCAACACUGAUUGAUCUGUCAAAUAAUUAUUUUUCUGGUAAGAUUCCUAGUACUCUAGGGGGCCUAGAUAAAUUAAUUUAUCUUUCUCUAGCACAUAAUAGAUUAGAAGGGCCUAUUCCUGAAUCAUUUGACAAAUUGUUGGCAUUGGAAUACUUGGAUUUGUCCUAUAACAAUCUUAGCGGUGAAAUUCCAAAGUCAUUAGAAGCUCUUGUGUAUCUCAAAUACCUAAAUUUCUCUUUCAAUGAACUCAGUGGAGAAAUUCCCACUGAUGGUCCCUUUGCAAAUGUAACCAGUCAGUCUUUCUUGUCCAAUGAUGCACUUUGUGGUGACUCCCGGUUUAACGUAAAACCAUGCCCAACCAAAUCUACAAAGAAAUCAAGAAGAAAAAGAGUGCUUACAGGUUUAUAUAUUCUAUUAGGGAUAGGAUCACUCUUCAUGUUGACUGUUGGAUUUGUCGUGUUAAGAUUGAGAAACACAAAGAAGAAUGCUAGUCAAAAGGAUCUGUCUCUCGUAAGAGGGCAUGAAAGAAUUUCCUAUUAUGAACUUGAACAGGCAACUGAAGGAUUCAACGAAACCAACUUGCUUGGUAAUGGGAGUUUCAGCAGGGUUUAUAAAGGGGUACUUAAGGAUGGUAUCAUUUUUGCAGCAAAGGUAUUCAAUGUGCAAUUGGAGGGUGCAUUCAAAAGUUUUGACACGGAAUGUGAGAUACUUCGCAAUCUUCGCCACAGAAAUCUUGCCAAAGUCAUUACCAGCUGCUCCAAUCUUGAUUUCAAGGCCCUAGUGUUGGAAUACAUGCCCAACGGGACACUUGAUAAAUGGUUAUACUCUCACAAUUUGUUCUUGAACUUAUUGCAGAGAUUGGAUGUAAUGAUAGAUGUUGCAUCUGCAAUGAACUAUCUCCACAAUGGCUAUUCAACGCCUGUAGUGCAUUGUGACUUGAAACCAAGUAAUGUCUUGUUAGAUGAAGAAAUGGUUGCUCAUGUAAGUGAUUUUGGCAUUGCAAAAAUGUUAGGUGCAGGGGAGGCUUUUGUUCAAACAAGGACAGUUGCAACCAUUGGAUAUAUUGCUCCAGAGUAUGGACAAGAUGGAAUAGUAUCCACGAGUUGUGAUGUUUAUAGUUUUGGUAUCCUGAUGAUGGAGACGUUCACACGAACAAGACCAAGUGAUGACAUAUUUACUGGAGACUUGAGCAUACAAAGCUGGAUUAGUGAUUCCUUUCCGGGUGAACUUCACAAGGUGGUGGAUUCUAAUUUGGUACAGCCCGGAGAUGAACAAAUCGCUGCAAAGAUGCAAUGUUUGUCAUCUGUCAUGGAAUUAGCUUUGAAGUGCACUUUAGUGAGACCUGAUGCAAGAAUUAGCAUGAAGGAUGCUCUUUCAACACUCAAAAAGAUGAGGCUACAGCUUGUUAGUAGUCGGCAUAUGGCUAAUAUCAUUAGAUUGGAGGUAUCUUGUUGUGUUCUACGCGAUGUUGCUCUUCCGGAGCUCUGCGUUUUCGUUGGCUUGAGAUUGGAUAUAAUGAUAGAUGUUGCAUCUGCAAUGGACUAUCUCCACAAUGGCUAUUCAACGCCUGUGGUGCAUUGUGACUUGAAGCCAAGCAAUAUGUUGCUAGAUCAAGAAAUGGUUGGUCAAGUUAGUGAUUUUGGCAUUGCAAAAUUGUUAGAUGUAGGGGAGGCUUUCGUUCAAACAAGAACAACUGCAACCAUCGGAUAUAUUGCUCCAGUAUCAUUAAAUUUGAUAUCUAUAUUAGUUAUGGACAGAAGUUCCACUCUCCUCUUUUUUCUUAUAAUUUUCAUUCUACUAUUACUACAUGCCAAUGCUAAUAAUAUUAGCACUGAUGAAGCUGCUCUUCUUGCACUUAAAUCACAUAUUUCUAACGAUAUCUUAGCAACAAACUGGUCUUCUUCCGUCCCCGUUUGUAGUUGGAUUGGAAUCACUUGCAGCUCUCGACACCAUCGAGUCACUGCUUUAGACAUUUCAAGCAUGCAACUUCAUGGUACCAUUCCUCCACACCUCGGAAACCUGUCAUUUCUUUCUUCCCUUGACAUCAGUAACAACACUUUUCAUGGAGAUUUGCCACAAGAAUUGGCUCGUCUGCAGAGGUUGAAAUCGAUUAAUGUCACAAGCAAUAACUUCACCGGAGCCAUUCCAUCAUUUUUAAGUUUGUUACCAAACCUACGCUUUGUGCACCUAUCAAGCAACCAAUUUUCUGGGAAAAUUCCAUCCUCCCUUUCCAAUAUAACAAAGCUGCAAAGGUUAUACUUGGAUAGAAAUUUUCUUGAAGGAGAGAUCCCUCGAGAAAUCGGUGAUCUUCGUUACUUGACUAUCCUAGACCUGCAAAUUAAUCAGCUUAGUGGCUCUAUACCACCAUCCAUUUUUAACAUUACUACAAUGCAUGUGAUUGCUCUUACGGGCAACAAUCUUACUGGAAAUCUUCCAAAAACGAUAUGUGAUCAUCUUCGAGACUUGGAAGGACUUUACCUCAGUAAAAACUCCCUAGAUGGAGUUAUUCCACCAAACCUGGAGAAAUGCAGAAAGCUUCAAAAAUUGCAAUUGGGUGAAAAUAAGUUUAUUGGAACUUUACCAAGAGAGCUAGCCAACUUAACAGCUCUUACAUAUUUAUAUCUUUCAGAAUUGCAUUUGGAAGGUGAGAUACCAAUGGAGUUAGGUAAUCUUCAAAAACUUCAGGAGUUGGAUUUAGCACUGAAUGAGCUAACUGGCUCUGUUCCUCACAGCAUUUUCAACAUGUCAGCACUGCAGUAUAUAGAUUUUGGAGAAAAUAACCUUUCAGGUACUCUACCUUCAGAUUUAGGUCGUGGAAUGCCCAACCUAGAAAUAUUUUAUUGUGGAGGAAAUGAUCUGAGUGGUUUUAUCUCUGAUUCAAUCUCAAAUUCAUCAAAACUCAGAGAAUUUGAUCUCUCACAAAACAGUUUCACAGGUUCAAUUCCUAAAUCACUUGGUAACUUAGAAUACCUUGAGUUACUUGACUUGCUGUGGAAUAAUUUUGUCAGCGAUUCUACAUUGAGCUUCCUUGCAUCAUUGACAAACUGUAGGAAUCUAAGAGCACUCACGUUAGCAGGUAAUCCGUUGGAUGGUGUAUUGCCUGCAUCUGUUGGUAAUUUCUCAAACUCCUUGCAAAUUUUUGAAGCAUAUAAUUGUACACUGAAGGGUGUCAUUCCUCGAGAAAUUGGUAAUCUUACUGGACUGACAAGGAUGAGUCUGUUUAACAAUACAUUAACUGGACAUAUUCCAAAUACUGUACAUGGCAUGUCGAUCCUUCAAGAACUUUACUUAUUGAACAACAAGAUAGAAGGAACCAUACCAGAUGUUGUCUGUAAUUUAAAGAGACUUGGUGCAUUACUCUUGUCAAAAAAUCAUUUUUCUGGUUCGGUACCCUUCUGCUUAGGGAACAUUACUAGUUUGAGGAUACUUCAUCUAUAUAACAACAAGCUGGAUUCUACAUUACCUUCAAACUUGGGGAACCUUCAAGAUCUCAUAGAAUUAGAUGUUUCAUUCAAUUUAUUUAGUGGGGAAAUUCCAAUGGAGAGUGGAAACUUGAAGGCUGCAACACACAUUGAUUUGUCAAAUAAUUGUUUUUCUGGUAAGAUGCCUAGUACUCUAGGGGGUCUAGAUAAAUUGAUUCAUCUUUCUCUAACACAUAAUAGAUUAGAGGGGCCUAUUCCUGAAUCAUUUGGCAAAAUGUUGUCUUUGGAAUACUUGGAUUUGUCCUAUAAUAAUAUUAGUGGUCAAAUUCCAAAGUCAUUAGAAGCUCUUGUGUAUCUCAAAUACCUAAAUUUCUCUUUCAAUGAACUCAGUGGAGAAAUUCCCACUGGUGGUCCCUUUGCAAAUGUAACCAGUAAGUCUUUCUUGUCCGAUGAUGCACUUUGUGGUGACUCCCGAUUUAACGUAAAACCAUGCCUAACCAAAUCGACAAAGAAGUCCAAAAGAAAACGAGUGCUUAUGGCUUUAUAUAUUCUAUUAGGGAUUGGAUCACUCUUCACGUUGACUGUUGGAAUUGUGGUGUUAAGAUUGAGAAACACAAAGAAGAAUGCUACUCAAAAGGAUGUGUCCCUCGUAAAAGGGCAUGAAAGAAUUUCAUAUUACGAACUUGAACAGGCAACUGAAGGAUUCAACGAAGCCAACUUGCUUGGUAAUGGGAGUUUCAGCAGGGUUUAUAAAGGGAUACUUAAGGAUGGUAUCAUUUUUGCAGCAAAGGUAUUCAAUGUGCAAUUGGAGGGUGCAUUCAAAAGCUUUGACACAGAAUGUGAGGUACUCCGGAACCUUCGCCACAGAAAUCUGACCAAAGUCAUCACCAGCUGCUCCAAUCUUGAUUUCAAGGCCCUAGUGUUGGAAUACAUGCCCAAUGGGACACUUGAUAAAUGGUUAUACUCUCACAAUUUGUUCUUGAACUUAUUGCAGAGAUUGGAUAUAAUGAUAGAUGUUGCAUCUGCAAUGGAUUAUCUCCACAAUGGCUAUUCAACGCCUGUGGUGCAUUGUGACUUGAAGCCAAGUAAUGUCUUGUUAGAUGAAGAAAUGGUUGCUCAUGUAAGUGAUUUUGGCAUUGCAAAAAUGUUAGGUGCAGGGGAGGCUUUUGUUCAAACAAGGACAGUUGCAACCAUUGGAUAUAUUGCUCCAGAGUAUGGACAAGAUGGAAUAGUAUCCACGAGUUGUGAUGUUUAUAGUUUUGGCAUCCUGAUGAUGGAGACGUUCACACGAACAAGACCAAGUGAUGAGAUAUUUACUGGAGACUUGAGCAUACAACGUUGGAUUAGUGAUUCCUUUCCGGGGGAACUUCACAAGGUGGUAGAUUCUAAUUUGGUACAGCCAGGAGAAGAACAAAUCGCUGCAAAGAUGCAAUGUUUGUUAUCUAUCAUGGAAUUAGCUUUGAACUGCACUUUAGUGAGACCUGAUGAAAGAAUUAGCAUGAAUGAUGCUCUUUCAGCACUCAAAAAGAUUAGACUACAGCUUGUUAGUAGUCGGCACUAGGUGGAAUCAUUACCAAUCUUCUCUUGUAUGUUAUUUAGUUACCAGUCUGCUCUCUUAUGGAA